AUGAACAUCGCCAUUUACGUGUUCGUGGUAUUGGCCGUCAAGAAUGGCAGGUCCGAGCCAAAUACGGUUUUAUUCACAAAGAUGGGAAAGACAGCGGUCCAAACCUCGUUUGGACACAUGGUAGUGGAACUGCCGAUUAACGAUGUUUACGAGGCUUUCGAAGACUUGUCCGACCUUACCAACGCCGUUGUGAAAAAGGCACAUGGACAGAAAACGGAACAAAUCCGGUUAGAGCUGUAUCAAAUGAAGAGGUUGUUGAGCAAGGUGCAGUUAGUCUGGUCGCUCGCAAGUCAGAAGACCAGAGAGUACACCCCUUUCGAAUUGGAUCACAGCAACGUGUUUAACGACACACUGUGGUCCAUGGACAGCCGGUCCGACGCGGCGGCGAGAGGUAAAAGAAACGCCAUAGUCAACAAGAUCGCCGCGACGACGGGAAUACUUAAUCUGGCAGCUUUUGGAUUGUCUUUGUACAACCGCAAUCAGUUGGGCAAAAUAUUUAAAGCUGUAAAAGAAAACAAACACAGUCAAUAUUUAGUAGCAGAACAAGUAGAUACUAAUCAAUUAAGAAUUUUCAACGCAACUGUACAUAUAGAUAACGUAGAAAGGGCAAUGCGUGAAAGAAUUCAAAUAUUAGCAGACGUCACGGCAGAAGGAGUAGCAAAAACACUUCUACAAGAUGUCCGUAUCCUUCAAACAAAUUUUAAAACAGAAUUAACUGAUUUUAUCAAUGCAUUAGUGGCACUGACGGAUCACAGAUUCUCCCCUAUGUUGGUGGACCCAGAAAAACUAGAGAUUAACUAUCAAAAGUUACUGAGAAAAGCAAGAGAUCAUGAUCUCAAGCCGCUGACGGAAGACGCGGGUUUAUUGUUCCAAUCAGUCACAAACGUCAUAACAUCAACAGAGGGGAGACUCUACGCAGUUGUACACAUUCCCCUAUAUAAGGGAGAUUUAAUGACAUUAUACCGCUACGUCCCCGCACCUUUCUUUAUACACGGUAACAUAGCAGUAAAAAUAGCAGCAGAUUAUCAAUAUAUUGCAUUAAACCCAGCGGGGACGAUGGCGAAGCAAUUAACAGCAGCAGACUUACAAAACUGUAAAGAAAUAAAUCACAUUUAUCACUGUCCUAGAGAAAAUGUAAUAAAUAAAAACUUGAAAGACUUAUGUUUAUACAAUUUAUACCACCAGAAUGUGGAUAAAAUAGAAGACACAUGUACAGUCCAAGUUUUCAAUUUAAAGUCCCACGCGGUCCAGCUGUCAGGUAACGAGUUUAGAAUCCUGUCGACGGAACCGGUACAAUUAGUCCAAGAUUGCGGGCCGUACCAGGACCCAACAGUUACCACCAUCCAAGGGGUCCACAUUCUGAAGUUAACAACAGAAUGUCCAACAGCUAACACACCUACGCACUUGUUCACCACAAACCCUCAGGUCGUGGAGUACCAAGAUAUACUAUCUCUACCGUUGAUAACAAAAGCAGAUUCCUGGCUAAAAGAAACAAUAAAUGAAGAAAAGGCCUCGAAAUUAAAUGAAAUCAUAGAAAACUGGAAGACAACAAGCAUCCAACCAAUCCCGAUCCACGCAUUGAGAUCGCAACUAAAAAAUUACGAAUGGAACAAGAUGAUAAACGUCAUAACACAUGUACAGUACGGUAUCACUAUGUUCUGCACUCUCGCUCUAGCCUAUGUAGGGGUACAGCACUUCUGCAAAUUAAGCAACAAUUAUUGUAUGCGACACAUUAAAACGCCAAAGUGGUGUUCGGGUAUAAAACGUACGCGUCCCGGUCCAACUGCUCCAUUAAGACAAAUUGAAGGUACUGAUAUGAUUUCCGGUGAAGAGUUAAAAUUAUUCCAAGAAUCGUAG